AUGGAUUCCACCCCGAACCAGUCCAAAGCGCUGGUGCGCAAGAGGACCGACACGGACCUCAUGCCCCCUCCGCCGCAAGUCAAGAAGAUCAAGCGUCCCCGACAAGUCCUCGCCGAAGAUGAAUACACCGACACACUGGCGCACAUCAUCGCCAGAGAUUACUUCCCCGGCAUCGAGGUGGCGUCCCUCCAGAGCGACUACCUGAAUGCCGUGGAGUCGAAGGAUCCUAUCCAGAUAGCCAGCGCGGGCAGAACUCUGCAGGAAGCUAUGACGCCAGGGCGGCGCAGGACACCCUUUCGAUCGAGCGCAACGCAGGAGGCUGGGCGAACCCCGAGCACGUACGUGGGGGAUACGCCCGCCUCGGUAGCGUCGACGACUGUCGCGGAAAAGCCAGCGCUUGGCUCCAACAUGAGCCUGACCAAGUUUCAGUCGACUUACACGAGCGAGGACAACGAAAGUUUCUAUAAGCUGGUCGACAAACAGAACCAGAAGAGGGCCGACAAGACUGCGUGGAUGUGGAACGGCAAUAAGCUCCCUUCGAAGCAAAUGAUCAAGCAGAAAGAGGUCACCGACAAACUCGCUGAGUCCGGCAAGCUCAUUGAUGAUGGCUUCAUCAAGCGCGAUCGCCUUGCUAUCAAGGACUCGGACGACCGCCCGGCACGACCCGACUCCUGGGAUGCGAACCCGAGAAAUGGCUUGAUGUUUGCGCCGAGUGAACUGGAUGAUGGGGUUGCCACGGUUGCUCAACGAGCGGAAGAGGCAUCUCGGAUGGCACCCAAGGCCAUUGUCUUAGAGAACACCAGGAUCCCGCAGCCUCAUGUGCCGCAACGCCCUCCUUCGCCAACCAUGUCGUCCGUCCGCGAUGCGAUUGCAGGUAGGCCGCGGCGGCGAGACCAGGAUUCGAGCGUCGCAGGAGGAGGCGAAACACCGAGGGUGAACGGCUAUGCUUUUGUAGACGACAAUGAGUCUGACUUGGGUUCCGCACCGCCGCUCAUCGACUUGGGCCCGGGCGACUCGCACAACCCGUUCAAGGUCCAGCAACCGAGGAAACGAGAGUCGCUCCAUGAGCAGAUGGUCGAGCGGAUCGCAAAGUCCAACAAGGAGUCAUCUACACAAGGUUUCACAGGGAAGAUUACGAAGACGCCAGUCCCAAAGUUUCCCAGUAGCCCGCGUGUCUCGGGUGACCUCACGCCGGCGGCGCAGAGGCUAUGGAGCUCGAUGGGGACACCAAAGGACAAAACGCCUGGUAGCUCUUUUGGCGUAUCGACUCCGAUGCGCCCCCGGGGCUCAUUGCUCAAGAGCGUUACUACACCAAUCACGAAGCGGAAGUAG